AUGGCUCCUUCUCCCGCUCCUCACGACAGACCGUCGUUCUCUACUGAUCACGCCCCUGCGUCUUCGACUCAGCACGCGACUUCCUCGCCCUCCCAACAAAGAACUCUCGCUCCCACUGGAACCCCCAAUGCGACGGCACAUCGUUCAAGCAGCGGCAGCCCCAGAGGCGCUGCUCAAGCCCCCAAAUCAUCCCCCCCUAGCGCUUCCCGAAACGUCAACGGUGCCCCGAAGAUUGUCGUGAAGAAGGAGCCCAACUCCCCCGAUCUUCCGACCACUCGACACAGGCCACGCAAAUUGGACCUGUCCAACAAGGGUGCUCAUCCGGGCUCCAACACUCCCGGCACCGCCAGGCCCAUGACCGCUCGGGAGAACCUGGGCAUACAGGAAGUCGGUCUGGCAUGUCUGUCGCCUGGCUUUGUGACCCAAGACCCCGUCAUGAAGGAGCAGCUGCAACGCAGCAUGAGCGUGCGAGACCAGCAACGCAUGAUCAUCGAACAGAGAAUGCAGCAGCAGUCGGCAAAGGGCGACGGUCCCGACACCUCUGGCAAGGACCCUGUGUCGCAAUUUGCUGCCAAGACCCCCGGGUUGUCUCGCAGGAAUAAGGCUCAGCUUUCCAUUCUGCCGCCCUCGGCCGAAUCCUUUGCCAAUGAGCGCGUCAUCCAGUCUGCUCCCUUGGGUCACUCCUUUACUGGCCGUCAACACCCUGCACCUCUGACCCGCCACAUUGCAAACCAGCCGAACACGCUGUCCAACACUUCUCACAUUCACCACGUUCCCGCCAAUCAGACCAACAACCGUCUGCCUCCCAUCAGCGAUGUCUUCGGCCAGGUCUCUAGCCAUCCCGAGAACGCCCCCAACUCACUGUACCCUCAAAACAGUUCGCGCCCCCCGGCGACGUCGCCCGGCCAUGCUCCUCAGACGCAUCAAGGCCCUCCGGCCUCCGGGCGUGCGCGGGAGUACAAGUCCGCCGAAGAGGCGCAACACGAGAUUGCUGGAGGUCGCCCCGAACUCCUCCCCAAGAUCGUGCACUACGGAAACACUCACCAACCCCCUACGCCGCCCUCUCCCGCCCCGGGAAGCAGACUCGCCGAUCCCAGUCGCAGUGCCAGCCGGCGUCGCACCCGUGCCGAGUACGAGGACGGGAGCCCACCCUUGGGCCACGGACCCGCUCCUCAAAGGAGAGGACCGUUCGGCGCCGGUCGGGAUAGCCCCGAGAGCCAGAGGGCAAAGCGCGAUGAGUUCCUCAAGCUCUGCGAGAGGGCCUGGGACCUGUUCCACUCUUAA